UCAAAGCUCAGAAUAAUGUCAAAAGCAUAAUAGAAAAGACACAUACGGAUGUCCAGAACGAAGGAUUUCAUUUCUGAAUUGGAUUUGCGUAGAACAUUCGACUGAGUAAUCGCGUAAAAACGAAAACAAAAUUGUGAUAUUUGUUGUGAAUAACUAAAAAUAUAAACAUUUCAAAGAAUUGUGUGGAAGAAAUUUUUGUGAAAUAUAAUUACAUAAAUUGCCCAAGGGGCUAGGUGUGGGUGGCGAAAUUCGAAAAUUCGUCGACUCAUAUCCAAAACCUCUACAAGCAGAGAAUAAAAAAAUCGAUUUCUGACUAUGGCGUAUAGUCAAAAAGUAUAUAAUCCUCUGGCAAUAAAAAUGGCAAAACCAUGCCACCAUAAGAAGUGUGCUAAAGGCACAACAGCACCGCUUCAUAGAAAAAAUACACAUCGAAAUAUUUUUUUACGAAAUAGUUUCUCAUUGAGCAACAAUAACAGCAAAGACAGUGCUGAUGUUGAUAGCGGUGGAGUAGUCGGUCACAUUUGGUUUGGUAAUGACCGCUUAUCAAAUGUAAUUUACACGUUUCUACUAUUAGCAGCACUAACGCAUACCGCCAAUGCAACGGCAACGGAUAUUGCGCUGGACGCAAAGGCCACACUAACACAUAGAAUUGAUAGUCUUAAUCUGUUGGUAUAUACCUUUUUGCUGACGCUAACUGUACUGACUAUUUGGCUGUUCAAGCAUCACCGUGUUUCCUGGUUACACGAAACUGGUCUUGCCGUUAUUUAUGGACUGAUUGUUGGCGCUGUUAUACGCUAUGCCGGCACUUCGACGCCACUUGUGCAUUUGGAAGUUGAUCCAGCAGGUGAUCCAAAGUUUAAUCAAUCUUUGCCACCCGAUACGUUAUGGAUGAAGUUUCCCGGCAAAUUGGCACCUAAUACCACCGAUAAAGAUCCCAUACCGAAUAAGACAUAUGCAUAUGUUUUUCGCGGCAUUGUAUACGAUGUGGAUGAGAAUGAAAUCGAUUUGAAGGCCACAUUUGAUCCGGAAAUCUUCUUCAACAUAAUACUACCGCCAAUAAUAUUUCAUGCCGGUUAUAGUCUCAAAAAAAAAUACUUUUUUCGCAAUUUGGGCGCAAUUUUGAUGUUCGCCAUAUUGGGCACGACUCUAUCAUCGUUCCUAAUCGGCGCUAUUAUGUACGGCUGUGUGAAACUAAUGCCAGAGUAUUUGAGUAGUAGUUUCACAUUCCUGGACACGCUGUAUUUUGGAGCCUUGAUAUCACCAACAGAUCCACUAACAAUAUUAGCAAUAUUCCAUGACUUGCAUGUGGACGUAAAUUUAUAUGCGCUGGUUUUUGGUGAAUCUGUACUUAACGAUGCAGUGGCCAUUGUGCUGAGCGGCGCUAUACAAAAUUAUGGCGAACAUUAUUCGAGCACAGGAGGUUUCGAAACAAACGCCUUCUUCAGAUCAUUGAGCGAUUUCUUUUGUAUUUUUAUGCUGUCAUUAUUGAUUGGCGCAACAAUGGGCUGUUUUACGGCAUUGUUGACUAAGUUUACACGCGUACGUGAGUUUCCGUUACUCGAAUCUGCGCUCUUUGUGCUUAUGUCGUACAGUACUUUCCUGAUUGCGGAAGCUUCGGAAUUGACUGGCGUAGUGGCUGUGCUGUUCUGUGGUAUUUGCCAAGCGCAUUAUACUUAUAACAAUCUUUCGGAGAAUUCGCGCACACGCACAAAGGAAAUAUUCGAAUUAUUGAAUUUCUUGGCGGAAAAUUUCAUCUUUUCAUAUAUCGGCGUUUCAAUGUUCACCUUUCCGAAACAUCAUUUCGAUGCUGUCUUCAUCAUAACUGGUUUUGUCACUGCUGCUAUUGGACGCGCUGUUAAUAUCUAUCCGCUAUCUUGGCUGUUGAAUUUGAACCGUAAACCGAAAAUUUCAUCGAAUUUCCAGCACAUGCUUUUCUUUGCAGGCUUGCGCGGUGCCAUGUCCUUUGCCUUGGCCAUACGCAACACCGUUUCAGAGGCACGUCAAACAAUGUUGACUGCAACCUCGUUAAUUGUGAUUUUUACGGUCGUCAUACAAGGUGGCGCAUCUAAUUUUUUGCUUAAUUGGCUUAAAAUACCUGUUGGUGUUGAUGAAGAGACUGAACAGUUAAAUAAUUAUCGCGUACGCAGUGUUUAUAAUUCAAUGGAAAAUACAGCGGCUGCGUCAAUCGAUACCGGACUCAAUUUGGGCCAGCUGCCUAUGUCGCGUCGGCGCAGCUCCUUGUCUGAUGCAUAUUUGCAGGACGUUGACGUGGACGUUGAGGGAGCUGGUGGUAUUGGCGAUGCCAGCGCACAGACAGCCAUGAAUGUCAAACGCAAUGAGAAGGCAUUUUUGGCAAGAAUAUGGGGAAAUUUCGAUACCAAAUAUAUGAAGCCGCUGUUGACGCAUUCACGACCAACGCUGCUCGAAACUUUGCCCGUAUGCUGUAAUCCCGUGGCGCGCUUACUCACCACAACCGAGCAACUUACACAGGACGGUGGCGGUUUGCGGCGCUCCGACUCGGAUUCGGAUAUUUGCAUUGAUGAUGAGAAUUUCGGUGCAUCUUCAACGAAUGGCGCAGCAGGUGGCUUAAAUGGCGGCAGCGGUAGUGGUAGUGGCGGCUCAGCCGGCAUGGGUCCACGUCGCAAUUCGAUCAAUCGUAUGGAAAUAAUGGAACAUGUGCAAAGCCCCGUUUCGACCCGCAUUAGGCUAUUAGGGUUCUAUGGAAAGAAUUUAUAGAGUAACUGAAAACAUUUUUAUGUCUAUAACUAUAUGUAGCCUUUCCAAGUAAUAUGUUUGUUUCGAUUCUUAAUUGCUUAAUAUGAAAACAAAUAAAUCUAAACAAAAUCGCUAAUUGUGAAAUACAGAUAUUUUUUGUGCUUAAAAAUUUUACAUAAAAACAAAAAGAGAAAUGUAUUUCAUUUGUUUUAAGCUACAAAUACGAUUGAUUAAUGUCUACAUAGUACAUAUAUUAAUCAUAUUCAUACAAACGAAUACUUAAAAAGAUAAAUAAAUUUUGUACAAAUUAAUGAAACUAUGAAAAAAUAAUAAAAACUAGACAAAUUAAAAAAAAAAAAA